UAUAAAUACCAAGCUCUAAUUCUUAUAUAUCCAUUCACUGAAUUAGCCCAAAACACGUACACUUAACAUCAAAAACACGAUGAAGUGCAAGAGCUCCACUAUUGCCAUUGUUUUCCUUUCACUAAACCUCCUUUCAUGUAACCUUGUUCAGAGUUGUAACCUUUGUGGGCAGCCUAACACGCCAAAUGUCCCAUAUCCAAACAACCCUGUCCCUGGGGGUGGUAGCUCGCGAGGUGGUCACUGCCCAAGGGAUGCCUUAAAACUUGGCAUAUGCGCCAAUGUGUUGAAUGGCCCCGUGAGUGCCGUGAUUGGGACCCCGCCAACCCACCCUUGCUGUAGUGUCAUUGCUGGCCUUCUUGAUUUAGAAGCUGCCAUAUGCCUUUGCACUGCCAUUAAGGCUAAUAUUCUUGGGAUUAAUCUUAAUAUUCCCAUUGCUCUUAACCUUCUUAUCAAUGUUUGUGGCAAGAAAACUCCCACUGACUUCCAAUGUGCCUAAUUGAUCCGCGUACGUCGGAAUCAUACAUUGAACUGGUUUAUUGAUCGACAACCUAAUGUUUUUUCGAUUUUAAUGUAUUCAUUUUAACUUGUGGGUUUUGUUUUAGGAACGUUUUAACUUUGAUAUAUUCCUGUCGAUGUUUGGUAGUCCUAUCUACGUACUAUCUAUCCAUGCAUGCAUACUGAUGAGUAAGAUCUUAUGCUUGUUUGGUAGUAAAUGAAUGUAUUCAUGUCAAUUUUACUCCAUCAAAUGUAGUAAAAUCAAGUUGCUUUCUCAA